GCGGCGACGACGGCACCGUCAUGGCGCGGGAGUCUCCAUCCUCAUCGCUGUGUCUGGAAGAAACGCGCACUCACUCGUUCCCCUAGUGUACCCCCCGCGAGCCAGCAAGGUGAUGCAAGCCCUCCACAGACCCGGGCUGCACCGCACACCAGACGCCGAGCUUUGGCUGGACCGGAUGGCGGACCUCCAGAACCAGAGCUCUGCGAACGGCUCCGAGCUCAGCCGCUUCAGCAACCUGGAGGACAUCAACCUGCCCGCGGACGGCACGCUGGAGCUGCGCGUCAUGAUCUCCAUCGUGUACUCGGUGGUGUGCGCGGUGGGUCUGGUGGGCAACCUGCUGGUCUUCUUCCUCAUGAAAGUCCGGCAGGGGAGGAAGAAAUCCACGAUUAACUACUUCAUCAUGAACCUGGCGGUCACGGACUUCCAGUUCGUCCUCACGCUGCCCUUCUGGGCCGUGGACAUGGCGCUGGACUUCACCUGGCCGUUUGGACACGUCAUGUGCAAGGUGGUGGUCACGGUGACCGUGAUGAACGUGUACGCGAGCGUCUUCUUCCUCACCGCUAUGAGCGUGACGCGCUAUUGGUCUGUUGCGUCCGCGCUCAAGGACCGAACGCGCAACAAGCGCUGCUCUGUGAAGCUGGUCAGCGCGCUUCUGUGGCUCCUAGCCACCGUUGCGUCGGUCCCCACGGCGAUCUUCUCCACGGUGAGCUCGAUCAGCGGCGUCAAGCUGUGCCUCCUGCGCUUCCCCAACGGCCAGCACUGGCACGCUCUCUAUCACCUGCAGAAGAUCCUAGUGGCGUUUGUGUUUCCGAUGCUCAUCACAGUCGUGUGUUACCUUCUCCUGUUGCGCCUCAUUCGCCUGCGGAGCAUGAACAACAACCUCCCCAAGCGCAGGUCCAGAGUCACCAAAUCCGUCACGAUCGUGGUCUUGUCCUUCUUCAUAUGCUGGCUGCCCAACCACGCCAUCACCUUCUGGGGAGUCCUGGUCAAGUUUAACGUGAUCCACUGGGAUAAAGUCUACUACACGCUCCACACGUACGUGUUCCCGGUCACCAUUUGCCUGGCGCACUCAAACAGCUGCUUGAAUCCGGUCUUGUAUUGCCUCAUGCGCAGGGAGUUCAGGAAAAUGCUCAAGGACUUCUUCUGGAGGAUUUCGUCGCCCGCGAUCGCCAACAGCUGUCAGAUCCGCCCGUUCUCGGGAACCGCGAAGGAGCGCGACGACAGCCAGGCGGCGAUUCCUCUGAACGUGAUGGAGACCGAGGAGUACAGAUUGUCGGUGGUGAACGGGCAAACCGACGCGUUACCGUCCACGGACUGCGCCGUUAAGAGGUAGACGCGCGAAGCCGUGCGUAAAAGCGCGCUGUUUACUUGAGUUACAGUACUGGAGGACAUUCUGCAAACUCUACAAGGAUGUCGUUCGACCCUUUUUUUAUUAUUCUUUCAAGUGAUGUUUCAAGAUGUUGCAUCCCUAAACGUUCGUGCCAAAUUGUCUUUUGCAAACCGUGCGUCCGCUGCAAGCCACAGUGCUUUUUAACGCUUCUGUCCACGUUUCUGAAUUUAAAAGAGUGCUAUUAUUCCGUGUAAACGUGCGCGGUGAAGCAGACCUGGAUGUACAGAGUAUCGAAUUAUCGAAAUAAAAUAUUGGGCUUACGCUGCAAUGCAAUUAUUUAUAGUUUUCACUUUUACUCAUGUUUGGAGGAAAUACUUUUGCAUUAAAACUCGAAAAAAAAAAAAAAAAAAUAGACAAGAUUUGACGAGAAUUGUUUAUGCAUACAAUUAUUAUAAUAAGUAUAAACAUUAUGAUAUAAUACGACUAUAUAGUUGUUGUUAUUAUAUCUUAUCAUUACUUAUUAGAAAUAUGUGGCCAUUUCCUCAUUUAUUAUCUUAUACACGUUCGGAGUAAAAUAUUAUUGCUUCAUUGCAUUAAAAAAACAAUAAGC